GUGGAAUUCAAUUCCCCUUUUCUGAGACACCAGUUAAGUCUCCCUCUUAUUCUUAUAAUAUCAUGGCCUCCGUCCUCCUUCUUCCUCACCUGCCUGCCUCUUCCCUUUUCUGCCAGGACGCCCUUCCACGCCGACGUCUUCCGCUCUUACAGCUGGUCAGCCAACAUCUGCGGCAAAAAGAAAUGGCUGGUUUUCCCCCCGGGCCAAGAAGAGUUUCUAAAGGACCGCCACGGCCACCUCCCGUUCGACAUCACCGCUCCCGACUUGAAGAACGUCUCCCUGUACCCCCGCUACGCUCAGAGCAGCCCUCCGGUCGAGAUCAUACAGGAAGCUGGCGAGAUAGUCUUCAUCCCAAGCGGUUGGCAUCAUCAGGUUUACAAUCUGGAAGACACCAUCUCCAUCAACCACAACUGGGUGAACGGAUGCAACGUGGCCAAUAUGUGGAGCUUCCUCCAGGACGAACUCGCCGCUGUCCAGCGGGAGAUCAAAGAAUGGAAAGAGAGCAUGGAAGACUGGCACCUGCAAUGCCAGGUGCUGAUGAAGUCCUACACCGGCAUCGACUACAAAGAAUUCUACAACUUCCUGAAGAUCAUUGCGGAAAAUCGCAUUUUCGUGCUGGAACACCACCACUCCGAAGACGACGCCUCCAAGCGCUCGUCCAGGGCCGCCCUCUCCAGCCUGGGGAUGCUCCACGCGGUGUUCGACCUGAAAAGGACCGCAAAAGUCUUGAGCUCCUUGAACGCCAACGAAGAAUUCAAGAAGCUCAAACCCGAGGCCCUCUCGCCGCCCCCGCAGGCUCUCCUGCACCGCCUGAAAGCCGCAAUCGACACCGCCCUCCUCUGAGGCCUCCCUGGCGGGAGUUUUUGGUUUGCCAACAGCCUUUCCUUUGCAAGAUGGCUGCAUGCGAAUACCUGUCUUCCCUCUUUUUUCCCCCCCUUUCAAUUGCCCCUUUUAAAAGCUGCUAGCACAAAAAUUAAUAUUGUUGUUAUUUUGAGAUCAGUGGGAAACGCAGAGGUAAGAUAAUUUAAAAAGUAAAGGAGUCGCUAUAAGUUUUACAGGAACUCCUCGGCUUACGACCACAGCUGAGCCCAAAAUUUCCCCGGACAGUUGUUAAGUGGGUAUGGCACCAUUUUACAACUUUUGUCACUGCUGCUGUUGGUUUUGCUCACCCAAAGGUCGCAAAAGGGGAAUCAGGUGACCCCGGGGAGCUGUGACCGUCAUAGAUACGAGUCAGUUGCCAUCCUCACGUGACCAUGAGGAUGCUGCUCAUGGUCAUAAAAAUGGGAAAUGUACGACCACAAUUGAGCCCAAAAUUUCCGUUGCUAAGUGAGACAGAUUUUAGGUGACUUUGUCACCAUUUUACAAUCUUUCUUGGCACCGUUGUUAAGUGAAUCCCUGCAGUUGUUAAGUUAGCAAUCCAAUUGUUAACUGAACCUGGCCUUCCCCGUUGACUUUACUCAUCAGAAGGUCGCAAAAGGGAAUCACGGGACCCCAGGACAGAGCGACCCCUCGUUAAAUACGGGUCAGCUGCCAAGCAUCCGAAUUUUGAUCAUGAUGCUGCAAUGGGCGUAUAUGUGGGGGAAAAAACGGUCAUAAGCUACUUGAACGGUUGCUAAAUGAACCGUUGUAAGUCAAGGACUAUCUGUACUCCGCUAGUUGUAGAUGAAUUUAGGGGGUGAACUAAGGAAUUUAAGGGUUGGUGGUAGUAAGGAAACAUCGCUUAAAAAGCAAAGACUCAAAUUCGAGGGUGGGGGGGUGGAGUUAUAAUCCAUUUGCUCCCCUGCAGAGUAGGACUACACUAUUCUUCAAGUUGCCGCUACUUAACUCAGUUUAAAUCUGACCGAAUCGAACACGGCAGAACUUAAUUCUGAAUAAAUAUCUAUAUAGAAGCUUAUACUUAAUACCCGGCACCUCUGCUUCGUUUUGAUUCUUUGGGCCGGCGGGAAAGACCCUUAAGGUGGAGCAAACAGGCGAGAAAAGAAAGAAAUUGGGGGGGGGGGUGUUGUUUUCCCACAUAUUUGUUGCUCGAAGCCGUUUCUUUCCUCGGUUGUCACACUGUGUGAAUGAAUGGCGAGAGAGCAGUUGUGGAUUUUCAGCUCAGGCACAGCACAUCAAAUUCUUCAGGGACUGGACGGAAGUUGUGGUGGGUUCUUAGCUGGCUCGAGUUUGGCCGGUGGACAAGGGCGAGCGCCCACCUUUUCUUACUAAGCCAUGCUCGCUUUCUUUCCCUUCAAGGGCUGCUUCGCACUUUGCCUUCCUGCUUUUGAUUUCAAGACGCUUUCAGAAUCAGCCGGGUGGAGGGGAGGGGGGUUGUUAUCGGGUGGUUUCCCCCCACCCACCCCACCCCUUUCGAUUUUUUUUAAACCAAGAUAUCCUGAUAUCCUUCUCAGCGACCUCCGGGGCUGGAGCAGAACCAUCCCUGGUGAAUUCAAGAGACGAGGAGGACAAAGAACAUCGGACCGAUGGGUUGCAAGGGACCUUGGAGGUCUUCUAGUCCAACCCUCCCAGGAACAAAAGCUUCGUCUGGAGCAAUGAAGGACUUUUAUCCGGGACUCGUCAUCCUCUCUUCCUCCUUGAUCAGAUGUGAUGGGCGAACAUGGAGAUUGCUCAAGGAUUUUGGGGGGAGGGGGGAGGAAAGGGGACCACUUGGGAGAUUGGAGGAGGCAGUCCUUCAAACAGGGGAAACAGACUAAAUCUCCGUGAGUUAACCCACCACAGUUGCCCGGAGAGAGGAUGUCACUUUUUUUUAAAAAAAAGGACAGCACAAAUUGUAGUGUACAUUUUGGGAAUGACCCAUGGUGUCUUCUGAGCUGGGCGGUUUUCUCCGAGACAUUUGAUGACCCAACUAGGUAACAUCAUCAGGGCUAGAAGGAAUUGCAUAAGAAGGAAGGACGGUGGAGGAGGACUGGAAUCCUUGGUGUUCUCUUAAGCGUGGUUGUUUUGUUCUAGACAUUUCACGAACAAACUAGGUAACGUCGUCAGUGCUGGAAGGGAAAGGGUUGUGUGGAGAAGAGGAGGGGGGGGGGCUGUCUUGAAAUGUCUGCAAGAAAUUCCCCAAGUUCAAAGGACACCAAAGACCCUCCACAGUCCUCUUCUGUGCAAACCCUCCUUCCUUCUAGCACUGAUGAUGUUAUGUAGUUGGGUCAUAAAACGUCUGCAAGAAAGCUGAGAUAGCACCUAUUGUACAGUUCACCACCUCCACUUCCUUUUCCUACUCCAUCUUCUCCUCUCCACAAACUCCACUUCUUUCUAGCACUGAUGACGUUACCUAGUUGGGCCAUGAAACGUCUGCGAGAAAACCCACCCAGGACCCCACAUUUCAGCCCUGAGCAUAGUUAUAAGAUACAAGCUUCGAUGCGACAGCUAAGCAUAACUAGUCCAUAUGCCAUAAGGGCUCAAAACUACUCAUAGGAUGUCCCUUUGGGGGUGUCCGUAGGAAGCACCCCAACUCUCUUAAGAGGCUUCCGCCUGAAUGAGGUCUAGCUGGGAUCUGGUCUUCCUCUUAGCUGUAGCCCAUUAAAUGUCCACUUCGACUUUUCCUGGUGGGGGGCCUGUUUUAACCCUCAGCAGGACUCAGACAUCAACCCCCCCCCCCCUGCCCCCAAGUAUUUUGCCAGAGUAUCUGGAGAUCUUGAUAAAAUUGCACUUUGAGAAAAAAAAGGAGAUAAUAAAUGAAUUAAACGUU